UAUUAAUCUUGGGAGCCACUCACUGUAGUAGGUGGAAAGGAAAAAUCCCAGGUCCGGUCUCUACACACUUCUGGGGAGUAGCUGCAGAGAAAAUGAAGCAUGCAACGAGUUAAGCAUGCAUGGCAGCUGCACACCACACCAAGGGCAGAGUAGUGGUGGCGAGCCACGUCGCCACUGCGAGGACAGUGAGGUGUCCUGUGGUGGCCCCAUCUUUAAAUACGCAAGCCAAGAAGGACCGGCCUCUCGAUCGUCAUCAAACAUCGAUCGAUCUACAGGAUCAAGAAUUCAGGAUCAGCUAGGUACCAAGCUAAGAUGGCGCAGCAGCAGCACGUGAGCAGCGAGCGCAGGAUGAAGCACGGAAGAGCGCAUACCAAGGUGGCCGGAGACGACGAGAUGCUGCGGACCGGCUUCCACAACGGGACGCCGCUGGAGGGCGGCAAGAUCGCCGACUCCCAGCCCGUCGACCUCUUCGCCCAACCCUCUCAUCAUCAUCAGCAGCAGCAAGCAGACCAGGAAGCAGCAGCAGGGAACAGGGUCAUCGCGGAGUCGGAGCCCGUCGACCUGCCCGCCAGCGCCCGGGGCGUGGCGGAGGCCGCCGACGACGACCACAAGCCGGCGCAGGGCAUGGCCGAGCACGCCGCCGGUGGACGCCGCCUCGGACGCCAGGCUUAAAUGCAGUACUCUACUCUACUACAGUAUGCUGCUGUUUGUGUAAUACUCCCUCCUAGCAAUAAGGCUGGCGUCGUUGUCUCUGUUUCGACAGCUUUUUGUACCCUCUGCAUUGGUACUCAUCAUGUGUUUGUGUCUUUUCUCGUCUCACUCACACGAAAUAAACUUUUACUGGAGUUUUAUA